GGAGCUGACGUGUGGUUCCUGAACCUCGGCGCUGGAGACAGCUCGGCCUCGUGCACAGAAAAAGGAACAAGCAAACCACAGUGCUUGGUGCGCACAUGACACAUGGGCGUCGUGUCGCCGUGGAAAGAGCUCCGGGCUCGCGGCCAGGAAACCCGCGUAUGGACCCCAGGCCCGCCUCUCCCCGGCUCUGUCCCGGGUCAGCGGAUUCCUUUCAUCUCUGCCACGGGAAUUACAUCCCCCAGCUUCCCGAGACUUGCAGAGAUGCAGCGAGGCCUAGAUCUAAGCCCCCACAAACCCGGCGCUGGAGCAGGUCCCUGGCAGAGGCGGGGGCACUGGACCCGGAGCGGGGCGCGCCGUGUGUGUGUGUGUGUGUGUGUGUGUGUGUGUGUGUGUGUGAGAACCGCGUCCAGCCGGCUCGGCUGCUGCCUGUGCUGGCGUUGGUCGUUCUCGGUGUCCCCCCUCCGCCACCACCCUGAGCCCCUUCCAGCUCCAGACGGCGGGUGGUGACGUCGCCUUCGUGCCCCCUCCAUCGAUGUGCGUCUCCCCUCUGCUGUUCCAGAUCAGUCGGGCGGAUGGGCCACCAGCGCAGUCCAUCUCUUCAGAGAACCAGCUUUGGAUCUCGGGGACGCUUGCACGGUGUUUCUAGUUUCUGUUUCGUUUAUCUCCACUCUGUGUUUGUCACUUCCUUCCUCCUGCCAGCUCCGGUUUCUCUUGUGUUUCCUGUUCUCGUUCCUCCAAGUGUGAAGUCAGGUCAUGGACCUGAGAUCUUCCUCCUGUCUUCACAAAGUCCCCUGGUUUAGACGUCAGCCUCAUCCAGAAACAGCUACACGGAAACAUCCAGAAUAAUGCUUGACCACACACCUGGGCAUCCCGUGGCCCAGCCAAGCAGACGUGGAAAGUUCACCAGCCCUUGGUCACCCAGGCUGCAUGACCUCUUGCCCAGCUGGAUAACCCCUCAUGGCCCCUGGAGCCAUCGCUGUGGCCCCUGGGAGGGGCAGGAUGGGGCUGGCGCUGGGGACUUGGUGAGGAGAGUCGAGGGGGCAGCUGGACGCUCGUGCCACGUGGUCACAGCAUCCAGAAGGUGCAGACAACCCAAGUGCCAUCAGCCGAUGAACGGAUGAACAAAAGAUGGCACGUCCCUCGGCUGUGAGCAGGAGCGAGGCGCCCACACACACUGCCACGGGGAUGGACCCCAAGCCCACGACGCUCACGGAGGGAACCAGACACAGACGGCCCCAUGGCGUCAGCUCUCUGGACGACAGGGGCCCAGAGCUGAUGGCAGACAAUGUCAGCCACUAACAACAUAGCCCAGGCCCGGAAGCUGGUGGAGCAGCUCCGCAUUGAAGCCGGCAUCGAGCGCAUCAAGGUGUCCAAAGCCUCGUCGGAACUCAUGAGCUACUGCGAGCAGCACGCCCGGAACGACCCCCUGCUGGUGGGAGUCCCCGCCUCCGAGAACCCCUUUAAGGACAAGAAGCCCUGUAUUAUUCUGUAGCCGCGUUUCCUGUGUCCCUCCCUCUGUCCCUCAGCUAGGGCAUCACUCACUGCGCAGUCAAGCAACACAUUUCAAGUCCCAAAACCUUCGGUUCCCAAGAAAGGCGAGCAGCCGCCACCAUGGAUGGGGUGAAAUGUGUCCUCCGGGUGUAGGCGGGCUUGCGAGCCCAACAGCACCGUCCUCUCCAGGCCCGGCCAGGAGACGCUGGGGGGCCGCGGCUGCUUCCCAUCAGGAACAGCAGAAAUGCCCAAGUGAGGCACUAGUGGGUUCCGGAAACUCUGCUGCCGUUGGGGUAGCCGUCCAGAGCCGGGCCGGGCCGGGCCAAGGGAGGGAGGCGGGGGACCUGGCCGGUGACCUGGCCGCUGCCCCGGGCGACCGGGCGGGUGGCGAUCCUCGCACAAUUGGCCGUUUGUGGAAACACUGGUGCCGGGCUGACGCUGCCGUGCGUUUAACCGUUUCUUCUCUCCUGAGCCGACUCAAAUUGGGGGGUGCGGGGGGGGCCGUGGACUGUUUCAGAAACAUGUCUCCUCUUCGCUUAAACCGUUCUUUCUCCACACCACGGAGUGCAGAGCUCGGUGGCUGAGCCCGGAGCCAUACAUUGUGCGGAAUGCGCCCGCGGAUGUUAGGGGGUGGGAGGGGGGCUCUGUCUGUGCAGCGCGCCCCGCGUGGCCACGUGUCACCCUGCUGCGUGGCAUCUGUGUGGCAUCUGUGUGGCACACAUCCCCCGACAGCCCCACCGCGGCCCCCUGCCCUUCCCUGGGACCCCACCCCUCACGGAGGCGGAUUUCCAGAGGCCUGCUCUGGUCCCGGGAACGGUCAGCUGGGGCCCAUCCUGUUUUGAGCACGAGCGGUGAUGUGGGCAGUUCGAGGCCGUGGUCAUACUUGGUUCUUCCAGGCGGUUGUGGUUUGUUUUGUUUUCCACUUUUGCGCAUCGCCGUGGCCAUUUUGCAAACAGGAGUGUGGCCUGGGGAGGCCCUGGCUGGCGGGUCCAGAGGCGUCGAGUUCCCGGAAGCAGCGGCAGCCCUCGGGGGUGAGCAGCUCGCACUUCCCUCCCGUGGCUUCUCUUUCAUCACGUGGGCCCUGUGACGACCUGGACAGUUAAAGGAGCAGGAGGCAGAGGGAGGGCCCCACACACACCCAUCCCCUACACCUGUCCCCCACCUGUCCCGCCCCUGCGCCCCCCACCAGGAGGGGCCUCGCCUUACAGACUGGGGGCCAGGGCCUCGUGCCAACCUCACAGCUCCUGCUCCCCCCAAGCCCCUGCAAGUGCCAAGGCCCAGAUCCCAGCAGCUCUAAGGUUUGGGGAUGGGGGGCAUGUGUCCCCGUGCGGACAGGUGAUGUCCCCGUGAGAGCUGGCUCCCCAAGGGUGCAGGCUGUAGGGUCUGGCCUUGCUGCCUGGCUCCCAGCUCUCUCCGGCCGGUCCGGGAGCACCAGGGGCUGUGGGGAGCCCAGCUUCUCCAAACCUGCCGUUGGGCCAGGAAGCCGCGAGGGCCCAAUGCCCUGGCCACCUUUCACUGCGCAGGGAGCCAGCCUCUCACUGUCCUCAGCACAGCAGCAAGACAGAACAAAAGCUUUCGCAGCAGGGACGCCAGGGCUUGGCAGGAUCCACCCGACUCGAGAUCGGGGGGCGCUUGGCAGAGCAAAGCCUGUCCAGGCCACUUCUAUGAAAGAGGCCUUAAUCCCUGGAGCCCGUCCUUCCCCUCGCGUCCCCACCUCCCCAGGCUGGUCCUCGGGCCGCGGGUCCCCAGCGAGGACAGGAGGCCCUGGUCUCGGUGCACCCCCUGCCGUGCCAGCUGUGUCUGUCACGCCCAGACCCGCCCUGUGUCCCCACCCCCGCGGCCCAGGAGCCCGGCUCAGAGUGGUGCAGUGGAACAGAGUCCGGCAGCCCCAGGGCCCGCUCUGGGCUCAGCCAGCAGGGCCCCCAGCCCUGAAGAGAACUCAAACUCAAGUCAGAGCCCCCGGGGCCGAGGGGUGUGGGUAAACUGGGCCCAGAGAGGCUGAGGAUGGGCGCGCUCCCAUCUCCGUCGCCACACCUGCCCAGCCGCCUCCCCCAGGGGCCACCGGCGGCCAUGACCCCAGGAGGCGACCGUCCGCAGAAGCCCCACUGCAGGGGUCUUUCUAGCUGAGAAAGAAAACGCUCCCUUUUUCCUUCUAGAGUAAGUCUCUGUGUCCGUAGUGUAGACCCCAAGCGCCCGUGCUUCCCCUGCGCGCGUCCCGCAUGAAAACAUUGUGUGCACGGCGUCUGCGGGAGCUGGCGGAGGUGGCAGCGCGGGCCUGGGCGGGGCAUGAAGGGCACAGCCCCCAACGCACAGCGAUGGGAGACACGGGGUCUGGUGUCUCCAGGGGGCUGGCAACUGGGGCGCCUCCCCUCCCCUCCCCCACUCCAGGAAGGAGCUCGAAUGUGCACCCCCCCACAGGGGACCCCCAGGCCAAGAAUUAAGUGACUGGGGGUGACCUCUGGCCUGGGGGAUGUGAACCGCGGGUGGUGGAAGGUGCUGCCCUUCCUCCUGUGGCUGCGGCCACCGUGGCCGCCGCUGGGCCUCCAGGCCGCUCCGUGUCCGCGGCCAUCUCUGCGUGGCCGGCCCACCGAGCUCUGCAGGCAGGACCAGCCAUCCGCCCGCCCCGAGGGCAGGGGGUAGGGGGUUAGUUUCCGGGCCAAGGUGAGGCCACCAAAGGUCGCUCUUGUCCUUCAAGAACACUUAACAAAAGCCAGCCUGCCACGGAGUCUCCCGAAAAGAAGCCAUCUGUCGGACACUCCGCCCUCUUCCUUCUCUGUCCGUGGAAACCAUUGCCAAACGUUGCAAAGACUGGUCCGGUUCGCAGAAGCCAUCCGUAGUUCUAGCAGCUUCUACCCCAUCUUGGUUCAGAUGUUCAGUGGCUUUUAUUUCUGAUUUAAAAAAAAAAAAAAAAUUUCAGGUGUGCCACACCCACUUUCUUGCAGUGUUUUAAUAUCGUGUGAAUUGUUAAUACAGAGUGACUAACCCCCGCA